AUGAUGAUGACGUGCCGUCUGCUGUGCGCCCUGCUGGUGCUUGCCCUGUGCUUCUGCCCGUCUGUGUGCGUUUCAGAUCAAUCUGCCGCUUCGUCACAGGUGACAACACCGACAUCAACUGUGCCUGGAGCUAAUGGAAGCGUCACCAGUCAAUCGAACUCUGCAACAGGGUUCCCAAGAAAGGAGCCGGUUGUGGAAGUAGAAGAAAGUGUUGGAGGGGGAGAAGUUUUGACUGUUCAAGAAUCGCCAACAGUUACGGAAGCUCCGAAAGAAGUUAAGAACGGCAUGACUGGACCAAUAAGUGGCAACAACAUCCCUACAGAACAAACAAAUAAGAAGUCUGAAGCAUCUGCUCAGAAAACUACCGCUACGACCACGACCACGACAAAACCACCGACUACGACAACGACGACUACAACACAGGCACCAACCACGACGACAAUCACCACUACAACAGAGGCACCAAGUACUACGACCACCCGCGCACCGUCACGUCUUCGCGAAAUGGACGGCAGCCUAAGCAGCUCUGCGUGGGUGUGUGCCCCGCUGGUGCUCGCCGCAUCCGCGCUGGCGUACACCACUGUGGGCUGA